UGGCUUGUGUCACAGUCGAAGUUCUUCAAUGUGACAAUGACAUUGUGAAAAAGGGCGCUUUUUGUAUCCACUUCGCUUCUUCAACCUGUUUUCCCUUCUGUUCUUGAGGCCACCAUUCGGCUGCUGAGGUGCAACACGCUCCAUUGUCACGAUGGCAGCAGGCCGGGGGAGGGACAUGGUCAAGCCAGCCUGGAUGAAAGAGGAGCAGCGGAAACAAGCUGGAAGACGCUCCAGGUCAAGGUCCCCCCCUCCAAGACCAAAGCUAAGGCCCCCGGACCGGGAUCGCGACAGUCAUAGAGAGGAUAGAAAUGGGAGGGAGUCAGAAAGGGAGCGGGAAAGAGAAAGAGAAGGACACAGGGAUCAUCGGAGCAGAGAUCACAGACAGAGGAGCCGAUCGCCGGAGCGCAACGGGGGGGCUCAAAGAGCGAGGGCACGAGGGGAGGACGAAGCAGGACGCGGAGGGGAUGACCGUCGAAGGGACGAAAGGAGCAGAGAAGAAAAGCGGCCACGGCAGGAGCCCCUCCGGAAAGACUCGCCUGAGGAGCAGGCAGAACCGCCGCCUGUGGAUGCCAGCUUAGCGGCCAUGGAGGCUGCUCAAAAAGCGCUAGAAGAAAAGGAAGCCCAGAAGGUACAACCGGACUUCGGCUACUCUGGGAAGUUGGCCGAAGAGACGAACAAAGUGAACGGAAUUGCGCUCGUCUUUAACGAACCUCCGGAAGCCCGGAAGCCCACGAGGCGAUGGCGGCUGUACGUGUUUAAAGGCGACGAGCCCUUAAAAGAUCCGUUGUAUAUACACCGGCAGAGUUGCUAUCUCUUCGGGCGGGAAAGAAAGAUUGCCGACAUCCCCACAGACCAUCCUUCCUGCAGCAAGCAGCACGCGGUGAUCCAAUUCAGGCUGACCGAAAGAGAAGGCGCGGACGGCAUGAUGAAGAGCCUGGUCGUGCCGUACAUCAUGGACCUCGGCAGCACCAACGGGACGUAUCUGAACGGAAAGCGAAUAGAGGCUCAGCGAUACCAUGAGCUGCUGGAGAAAGACGCAAUCAAGUUUGGGAACAGCACGCGAGAGUACGUGCUUCUACACGAGAACUCUGCAGGACAAUGAUAAGUCAUGGGCCCUUCCUAUUCUCUUCGUAAGCGUUUUGCUGCUUGCGUGGAGCGUUGCGAUUUGGGUCUCUUUGCCAUGCAUACUUGCAGUGUUGUGGGAACAAGGGACCUUUCAGACCAUUGACUUUGCAGCACAUAAGUGCCACGAGUUCAAUCCUUUCGUGGCAGGCAUGAGGUGUUGGCAUGCCGGGU